CGUAAAACAUUAUUGAUGGAUCAAAACAAUUUUUUCUACAGCCUAAGCGUUUUACCUUAUUUGCAGAUAGCUGAAGAGAGGGAGAGGGUAAAAAAUGAUCCAAAGUCUAUCAUGCCUGCAGCAUUCGUUUCCUUCAAAACUCGGUGGGCUGCUGCUGUCUGUGCUCAAACACAACAAUCAAGAAAUCCAACUUUGUGGUUAACAGAGUGGGCUCCAGAGCCACGAGAUGUUUUUUGGGAUAACCUGGCAAUCCCCUAUGUUUCAUUGACUAUUAGGAGGCUUAUUGCUUCUGUUGCUUUCUUCUUUCUCACAUUCUUCUUCAUGAUCCCUAUCACAUUUGUGCAAUCGCUUGCUAACAUUGAGGAUAUUGAAAAAUAUGCACCAUUUUUGAAGCCGAUUAUUGAAGUACCUGUCAUCAAGUCUUUCAUCCAAGGUUUUCUACCUGGGAUUGCUUUGAAGAUUUUCCUCAUAGUUCUACCAACAAUAUUAAUGCUGAUGUCCAAAUUCGAGGGCUUUCUCUCUAUAUCCUCUUUGGAGAGGAGAGCUGCGACGAGAUAUUAUAUCUUCAACUUUGUGAAUGUUUUCCUUGUGAGCGUAAUAGCAGGAACUGCACUCCAACAACUCAAAAGUUUUCUUCAUCAGUCACCAAGCGCGUAUGUUUUUCUCAUGGUGUUUGUAUUUCUCACGUAUCUGUGUAUGAC